UUUUGGCGUGUCUCUGUUAUGAACGGGAAGUGUACGUUAAAAGUUCGUGUAUGUGUUUAAUGGAAGAGUUUUGGUGCUUGUUUGGACGGUAGAUGACUCGUUAGCAUUUGAUGUUAGCAUCACUGUAUUUACUGCACGCGAUACCCUCCAGUGACCAAUCCACCUACUGGCAUAUUUCUGUGACGUUGGAGGAAGCAGGAGUUUCUGAAGGAAUCCCAUUCAGUCUCGGUUUGGACCAGUCGACAUGUCUGGAGUAGAGAUGGAGCCUGACGUGGCUUUGGGACUCUUUGAAGAAGGAGCCACCCUGGUUUUGCUGGGCGUUCCUGAAGGAACCGAGCUGGGUCUCGACUACAAGAGCUGGCAGGUGGGUCCACGUUUUCGUGGCAUCAAAAUGAUCCCUCCGGGGAUCCACUUCCUCCACUACAGCUCGGCUAACGCCAAACACAACGGAGGGGAACUGGGUCCCAGAAUGGGGCUCUUUCUGUCCCUCAAGCCAUGCGAGGUCGUUCUGGCUCACUGGAACAAACAGGAGGAAGAUCUGGACUUUUCGGCGUCCCAGAACCCAGAGGAGGUGUCUCGGGUCCGGGCCGGGCUGCGCGAUCUGGACCCGUGUCUGGGGCCGUACCCGUACGACACGCUGAGGAAGUGGGUGUCUCUGACCGAUAGGCUGAGCGAGGAGGUCGCGAGCGCCCUCCAGCCCCUCAGCGGGCGUGUCUGCGCCUUCAGCGACGUGGUUCCCGAGGUCCAUCUGACGCACACCAAGGACCGAGCCGAGCACAACCUGCCGCGCAACGACACCGAGUGCAGGAGCAUGAAGGAGGGCAUGGACCGGCUGCCCCGCAUGAGGCAGAGGGAAGGGACCGAGCUGCGCUUCUCUCAGGUCCCUCAACACACGUACCCGCCCGGUGCCACGCCCGCCCAGAUCACCCAGUGCAGCAUGGACCUCAGCUACGCCCUCAACCGGCUGCUGGAGAGCCAUCACAAGGAGCGGCCGCUCGACGUUUUGGGUGAGCUGCAGUUUGCGUUCGUGUGCUUCCUGAUCGGGAGCGUGUACGAGGCCUUCGAGCACUGGAAGAAGCUGCUGGCUCUGCUGUGCCGGAGCGAGGAGGCCAUGAGGGGGCGCUCUGACCUCUACCUCGGCCUCAUCAGCGUCCUCUACCACCAGCUGGGUGAGAUCCCUCCCGAUUUCUUCGUGGACAUCGUGUCUCAGAACAACUUCCUCACCUCCACGCUGCAGGAUUUCUUCCAGUUUGCGGCCGGUCCGGGCGUCGACCCCACCCUCAGGAGGAGAGCAGAGAAGUUUAAAGCCCACCUGACCAAGAAGUUCCGCUGGGAUUUCGACGCGGACCUGGAGGACUGCGCUCCGGUGGUGGUGGAGCUUCUGGAGGGAGUCACGGUGGACUGAUGCCUCGGUCACGGUUCCCAUUCAUCCCAGGCAGCACUGAGAGGGACUCCUGAAGAGAGACUGUUAUUGAGAAAUGAAUUGUUCCUGGUUCAUGUGUGUAUUAAAUUUACAGAAGAGUGUUGAUUCUA